AUCAGAUACCAAAUUGUGUCCAAUUCGCCUUGCGGGAGCCUUGCGCUCUCAUUAUACAUACGAUAUGUCGUCCUCUAUGUCACUACGCGGAUUGUCGCAGCUAUCCCUCGAUGCUGUCUCCCGCAGCGCAAUUCCUACUCGAAGUCUCAUGAUCGCACCGCAAGCAUCAUGUUUUUCCACAUCGGCUGCACGCUAUGCGAACCCCACAAUGAAGAAAAAGGGGAUGGGAGCAGCCCCUAAGAAGGGCGUAAAGUCGCUGAGAAUUACGAAAAGCAACAAAGACGCUGCUGGCAGUGGCAAGCGCCCCGCCCCAGGAGAGAGGAAGGCAAUGCGGAAAAGGAUUGUGCUCAGCAACGACAACGCAUUAGAGGUUGCAGGCUUGCAAGAUCUGACUGCUGAGAAUGCAUUGGAUGCGAGCCAUCAAGGGAAAGUGAGAGGAAUACCCGAAGAGGCAGUUGAUGCACUACGAGCUGUGGAGGCUUUCAAGCCAAGGCAAGGUUGGAGUCUGUUCAGAAGACCUGCAGUUCUGAUGCGGAAAGAGACUAUGGAGCUUGCUCAAAUCAUGAAAAAAAUCGAAAGUUCGGAAAAGAGCAAGAAAGAAUCAAAAAGGAUAAUCGUGUACGGCGAGAGGAUGGGUGGGAAGAGCACACUACUUCUCCAGGGCAUUACGAUGGCAUUUCUCAGGAAAUGGACCAUUAUCAAUUUACCAGAAGGUCAAGAUAUUGUCAACGCCCACACAGACUACGCGCCCCUUCCAGGAUCUCAACCACUGCAAUACACGCAGGAUACCUACACUGCAGGCCUGUUGUCACAGAUUGUCAAAGCGAACCAGGGAUUCCUCGCUGCCACAAAAGUUUCUGCUAAGCAUGAUCUUCCUCUUCCACUUUCAAAGGGUGCCACACUGAAGCAAUUGGCCGAACUCGGUGCUGCAAACCCAGAAGCCGCUUGGCCUGUUUUCGUUGCCCUCUGGACGGAGCUCACUCAACCCGGUCGCCCGCCCAUCCUAGUUGGUGUUGACGGAUUAUCCCACAUUAUGCGUGAAUCCGAGUACCUGAACUCCAAUGUCAAGCCUAUCCACGCACAUGACUUGACUAUCGUCCGCCACUUUGUUGAUCUUUUCUCCGGAAAGACUGCCCUUCCUAACGGAGGUCUAGUCUUGGGCGUAACGUCAGGCUCGAAUUCACCAGCAAAUUCUGCUAUUGAACUUUCCAUAGCCGGUGCUGAAGCGCGCCAGUCGAAAUCUGCUCUGCCACAAUGGAACCCUUACAAAGCCAUAGACCAGAGAGCAGUGGAAUGCUUAAAGAACGUGGAUGUGCUCAAAGUCAGUGGUAUCAGCAAGGAAGAGGCACGUUCGAUCAUGGACUAUUAUGCUGAGAGCGGCGUGCUUCGGGCGCAGGUGAACGAAGGCUUCGUCAGCGAACGAUGGAGCUUAGCAGGAAUGGGCAACAUUGGUGAACUAGAGAGAGCGACGGUAAGACUGAGGGUAUAGACUUGGGGUGGACUGUAUGAUAGGCGGAUCCGGGAAAACUCAAGGUCAUCCUCAAGUAUUGUAUAUUGUCGCAUCGUCCUAUGUAAAACUACAAAUGUUAUGUACAACAUGAUAAUGUUACCGAACUGCG